GUGAUGAGCUUCGUGGCUGCAGUGUGGAUCCCAUGUUGGAGAUUAAACUUCGUCGAAAUCAUGUAUCUUCUGCUCAAUUGUACGAUAAAGCUAUUGAAAAUCUCAAAUUAGCCUAUAAAAAUCAUCCAAUUUCUGGUGAAAUCAAAGAAAUCUUAGAACAAGCACGCAAAGAAUAUGAAGAGAUAAAAGAGCUAUCUUGGUCCGAAGAGGAACGUUCACCAAAUAAAGAGUCUGACGCCUUUAUUAAGAACAUUUUUUUUAAGAAAAAUCAUGUUCCAGAAAAAAAUAUACCUCUGGGUGAAGAUGAUGAGCUCAUCAAUGCUCAACAGUUGGCUUAUGAGCUAUGCCGAGAAGAUAUAUCAUAUGAGCAAAAGGAAGAGUUAUGUACAUUAGCACAAAAUAUUAUCAAUAGAUUUGCUGAAAUCAAACCUACGAAUUCAAAAUUAGUGCACGAAGUAAUGAUAUUAUCACAUUUGCCAGAUUCAGAAAAAGAACUUUAUAGAAAUUUAAUAGAGACCUUUAUUAAUAAAAUUAAUGAAGCAAUUUUGUUGCAUCCGCCAUUAUUGAAAGGUUUAUCUCAUAUUAUCCAUCAGGCAAAUCCAAAACACCUAAAACCAAAUGAUUUGGUUUGCAUUUUAACCAUAUUAAAUGAAAAAAUUAAAAAUCUUCAUUCCCAAGAUAUGGAUCUGCAAAUUGAAAUGACGAGAACAUUGGGGCAGCUAUUUGAUGCAAUGGCUGAUUGUGAAGUACAGGACCUUGAUUAUGAAAAAUCAUACAAACCCUUAUAUGAUAUCCUCAGAGAAUUAAAUAGCGAUAAUAAUCAAGAACUAGUUUAUCACGCAAAGUAUGCCUGUCAAGCUUUAAUUUGUGUACCAAAUAAUGAAAGCCCAUGGAAGGCAUUUCUGCGGCGAAGUAACAAAACCCUUCAAGUUAUAACAAAUUUGACAGGUGCUGUUAAGAAUAUAAACCCGGGAAAAUUAGCAGAGGCUAUCAAAGAUCUUAGUAAAAGACUUGAAAGUAUUAUAAAUAAUGCAGUAGAUUUGGUUAAAGAGAUUCAAUCAGUUAAAGAGGGAGUUAGUGAUAUAAUACAGAACUUCAGUUUGGAGGUACAUCGCAAAUGGUAUUGGGCAUUACGAUUUACUGAUUUAUUUAUUCAAAGUCAUAAGUUUGCAAGCUUGGAGAAGUUUGUUUAUAAAAUUUCAUGUAACCAAGAUGACGAAUUUUUAUGGGAUUCUGAACUGGAUACUGAUAUUCGCAAAGAAUUAUUAACUUCAUCAAAAUACAUACAAAAUUCUGCUUUAUCAUUUCCAACUGCCCUAUUAAAAGAUCAGAAUGACUUGAAAAAAAGCAGAAGAGAAUUGUCAGCUCAAUUAAAUGGAUUAAAAGAACAAUUCUUUUCAGAUGUAGAUGGAUUAAAAGAACAAUUCUUUUCAGAUGUAGAUGAUGAAUUUGAAGAAGCUUUGGAACUAGAGGGUGAUGUAGAAGAAGUGGUCUAUGGGUUUUUAAAAUCAAAGGAUAAAUUGACUUCAGAUGACAAAGAAGCUUUGGAGGUAGCUGUUAAUGAGCUUUCAAAUUCAGGAGACAUAUCAUCUAUAAUAAAUACAGUUAAUAGUUUUUUUGUUCUAGAAAACAAAUUAACUUUGUAUGAUGAAAAGGUUCUGGAAAAAGCAACCAAACAAUUUUUGGAUUUAAAAGUCAAUAAAGCAUUAGAGCUUCAGGAGAAAAUAACCAAUGAAUUUUGGCAUUCUUCAAAGAGUAAAGAAUCACUAAUAAAAGUAAUCAAUAAUGUUUUGAAGGAAAAUCCAAUAAUCAUAGAGGAUGAGGAUAUAAAAUCUUUGGAAAUAGAAGCAAAUAAAUAUUUGAAUUUAAAUGAUAAAAGCAUUUUUGAAAGUGCGGUAAAUAAAUUUCUAGCUUCUAAAGCCAAGAAAAAUUUGGAAAUAACUGUUAAUAAAAUAGUGACUUCAAAAUGUAAAAAGGUACUAUUGAUAUUGGGUGUGGGAGGUACGGGUAAAUCGACUUUUGGCCACCAUCUUGCUCGCUGCCUAUGGGAAGAAUAUGACAAGUUAAACACAUUGCAAUCACCUAUUCCUUUAUUUAUACCAUUAGCACGACUAAAAGAAGGAAUGUUUAAUAGUGAUGCAGAUUUUAUUGAACUUUAUUUAAAAGAAAAAUGCAAAUUACCUCCAGAAAAAAUUAAUGCUUUACGAGAAAGAAAGUUUAUAUUUAUUUUAGAUGGUUAUGAUGAGAUUGUUGAACGUGAACGUCAUUGCUACAUUGAAAAUAAAUUUUGUGAAUGGAAAAAUGCAAAAAUUAUUAUUAGCUGUCGACCAGAGUAUUUGGGCUCAGGUUACCAAAAAAGAUUCUUUCCCAAAAAUGGUGAAAAGGGGUUUCAGGAAUUGACAAUCAAAGCAUUUUCGGAAAAAGAA